CCAGGCCGCCAGCCAUCACGGGCUGUUUCCUUCUCUUUCCGCCUCGACAAAAGCGCCUCCCCGGGACUUUCCUCUCCUUUCUUCUCCUCCGCCUCUCUCAGAGCGAACGACGACGACGCGAGCCGGCGAGGCGGAGGCGUUGGCCCGCCGCGAGAUGGUGGCAGUUUUAGAUUAUCUAUGCUAGUUUGGUUCUUGUUACAUUCCCAAAAUGGUGAAGCUGACAAUGAUAGCACGUGUCACUGAUGGCCUUCCAUUGGUGGAGGGGCUAGAUGACGGUCGAGAUCUGAAGGAUGCUGACUUCUACAAGCAGCAAGCAAAACUGUUGUUCAAGAACUUAUCAAAAGGACAACAUGAAUCAUCAAGGCUGUCAAUUGAGACUGGACCAUACUUUUUCCAUUACAUCAUCGAGGGCCGUGUAUGCUACUUGACAAUGUGUGAUCGUUCUUAUCCAAAGAAGCUUGCAUUCCAGUAUUUAGAAGAUCUAAAAAAUGAAUUUGAGAGAGUCAAUGGCAACCAAAUUGAAACUGCUGCGAGGCCAUAUGCUUUCAUUAAAUUUGACACGUUCAUCCAGAAAACCAGGAAGCUGUAUUUGGAUACGAGAACCCAAAGGAACCUUACCAAGCUGAACGAUGAGCUCUACGAGGUGCACCAGAUUAUGACUCGCAAUGUUCAAGAAGUUCUUGGUGUGGGUGAAAAACUAGACCAGGUGAGCCAAAUGUCUAGUAGGUUGACCUCUGAUACCAGAAUGUAUGCAGAUAAGGCAAAGGAUCUCAAUCGCCAGGCCUUAAUCCGGAAGUAUGCCCCUGUUGCUAUUGUGAUUGGGAUAGUACUGAUGCUGUUUUGGGUCAAGAACAAGAUAUGGUAGUGAAGCUGGGACGUCGUCCAUUACGACCGCUGAGACCCUUCCGAGUUCUUGGCGUCGAUGGCUGAACAGAUGCUCCUACUACAGCUUAUCCCGCAUCUGCCUAUUCAAGCGAGUACUUUGUAGCCGCCCAAACAAGAGUAGCAAACAGUAAACCCGUCGUGUAGUAUAGACCCUGGUUAUGGAGCUGAUCUUCAUGGAUGUGUUCCAUGAAUUCUUGUAUCCCGCACAUUCCAUGACUUCUUGGAGCCCGCACAUUCCAUGAACUAAAUAGAUUUGUACUACUUUCGGCCUUUCGAUCUCCGAAAUGGUAAUGUUUUUUGCGAGCUC